AUGGGCUCGGAACUCAACGUCCAAGCCGACUCCAAGGCGGAGCUGGCCAUUAACCCGGUCACGAUUUGGUGGGCUGUCUGGACCGUCGUCUGGACCACCGCCGUGGGACUGGGUAUGUGGUUCCUCAUCCGCCGCCGCAACUCGCCUAUUCUCCGAAUUCGUGGUCUCGGCCUUUCGCUCUCUGCUGUCGUUUUACUGCACAUUUACUGGAUCCUCGUCCAGCUCGGUCUCAUGUACGGUGCGCUCGCACCCGGUGACGCCGAGUUCUGGAUUAUGGGUCUCUACCUGCCAUGCGGCAUUUCCCUAUUCCACGCCUCCAACUCUCGCUUCCUCCACGUCGCCAAGCUCCAGAAGAAAUACGUCGAUGGCGGCAAGCGGCUGCUCAGCUCGUCUCCCGAGCCCAAGGGCAAGGGCAGCCUGCUCACCCGCUUCCAGAACCUCGCCUACAACACCCGCAUUCUCAUCCUUGUUGGCGCCGGCAUGCUCCUUCAGAUCUCCCUCACCGUGCUGAUGUGGGUCAUCUCGCGCAAGUACCACAGCUCCUGGGGUAUUCCCGGCACUGAGGUGACUGGCUCUGAGAUGGCACAGAAGGCGGAGAUGGGACGCGGAUGGGAAUGGUGGCCCGGCGUUGUGCUACAGUUCUUCUGGGCUUGGGUCGUUGCCCCGGUUAUUCUGUGGAAGUCUCGCGACAUCCACGAUACCCAGGGCUGGAGACUGCAGACCAUUGGAUGCUGUCUUUCCAACCUCCACGCCACCCCCAUGUGGCUUAUCGCUCUCUAUGUCCCCGCUUUCGAGGUCGUCAACCAAUACUGGCUGCCACCUCAGUGGAUUGCAAUCUCUAUCAUCGCUAUUGAAGUCUUUACCGUCUUCCUUCCCUGCUGGGAAGUCGUCCGCCACCAGUCCCUCCGCCAGGAGACCCUCGACGCCAUCGCCAACUGGGAGAAGAAGGUCAAGGGUAGCAACUCCGAGGAGAAGUCCAUGAACACGACCUCGACCAUGGUCGACUCCAUGCUCUCCGUCGGUUGGUCCACCAAGGGCUCGGUCAAGAGCGACAACAGCUCUUCCCGCGACUCGAUCCUGACCAUGGGCGCCCUGGAGUAUGUCCUGGAGCGCAACCCCGACCCGCUCCAGAAAUUCUCCGCGCUCAACGACUUCUCCGGCGAGAACAUCGCCUUCCUGACCAGCAUCGCCGAAUGGAAGAACAGCCUCCCACAAGCCAUUCUCGACGGCCCCGGUGCCAAGGACGACAACCUCCGCGACUUGUUGCGUGAGCACUUCAACCGCGCCCUGCACAUUUAUGCCGAGUUCAUCAGCGUGCAUCAUGCCGAGUUCCCACUCAACAUCUCUGGCCACGACCUCAAGCACCUGGAAUCCGUCUUCGAGAAGCCGACGUCCAUCCUCUAUGGCGAAGAGCGCGAAGUCGACCCCGUCUCCCCGUUCGACAAGUUUACCUUCGACCUGCCCUCGCCGGCCAAAUCCGAAUUUUCCGAGAAGGGCGCCGCAAGCUCCAUGUCUUCCAUCCGCGAGCGUGUGCUGUACUGGGGCGAUAUUCCGGAGGAGUUCUGCGCGACGAUCUUCGACGAAGCUGAGAAGAGUAUCAAGUAUCUCGUUCUCACUAAUACUUGGCCGAAGUUCGUCCGCAACCACCGUCGUCUUUCGGCUGAUUCGGAGACUACCCUCAACGACCCCGUCAAUAUGGUUUAA